AUGGGCGAGGUGACGGCGGAGCAGGUGGAGAAGUUCCUGGACUCGAAUAUCAUGUUUGCCAAACGGUACUACAACCUCCGCUACCGGGCCAAGGUCAUCUCAGAUCUGCUGGGGGCCAAGGAGGCAGCCGUGGACUUCAGCAACUACCACUCGCUGAGCAGCGUGGAGGAGAGUGAAAUCAUCUUCGACCUCCUGCGGGACUUCCAGGAAAAUCUGCAGAUGGAGAGAUGCAUCUUCAACGUCAUGAAGAAGCUGUGCUUCCUCCUGCGGGCAGACCGCAUGAGCCUGUUCAUGUACAGGGCCCGAAAUGGCAUCGCAGAGCUAGCCACCCGGCUCUUCAACGUCCACAAGGAUGCUGUUCUUGAGGAAUGCCUGGUGGUGCCCGACUCGGAGAUUGUGUUCCCCCUGGACAUGGGUGUGGUGGGUCACGUCGCGCACUCUAAAAAGGUCACCAACGUCCUCAACACAGAAGAGGAUGAGCAUUUCUGUGACUUCGUGGACACCCUCACAGAGUACCAGACCAAGAACAUCUUGGCUUCCCCCAUAAUGAAUGGGAAGGAUGUGGUGGCCAUAAUCAUGGCUGUGAAUAAAGUGGACGGGCCCCACUUCACCAAGACAGAUGAGGAGAUUCUUCUCAAGUACCUCAAUUUUGCAAAUCUAAUCAUGAAGGUAUACCACCUGAGUUACCUGCACAACUGUGAGACUCGGCGUGGCCAGAUAUUGCUGUGGUCUGGGAGCAAAGUCUUUGAAGAGCUUACAGACAUCGAGAGGCAGUUCCACAAAGCCCUAUACACAGUCCGAGCCUUCCUCAACUGUGACAGAUAUUCUGUGGGGCUCUUAGACAUGACCAAGCAGAAGGAAUUUUUUGAUGUCUGGCCAGUCCUGAUGGGGGAGGCUCCACCCUAUUCUGGUCCCAGGACUCCGGAUGGAAGGGAAAUCAACUUUUACAAGGUCAUUGACUACAUCCUACAUGGCAAAGAAGACAUCAAAGUAAUCCCGAAUCCACCUCCUGAUCAUUGGGCUUUAGUAAGUGGUCUGCCCACUUAUGUUGCCCAGAAUGGCCUGAUUUGCAACAUCAUGAAUGCGCCUGAGGAGGACUUUUUUACAUUCCAGAAAGAGCCUCUGGAUGAGUCCGGAUGGAUGAUUAAGAAUGUCCUUUCUAUGCCAAUUGUGAACAAGAAGGAAGAAAUUGUUGGGGUGGCCACAUUUUACAAUCGCAAAGAUGGGAAGCCCUUUGAUGAGAUGGACGAGACCCUCAUGGAGUCUUUGGCUCAAUUCCUGGGCUGGUCCGUCUUAAACCCUGACACCUAUGAGUCAAUGAACAGACUUGAAAACAGGAAGGAUAUUUUCCAGGACAUGGUAAAAUACCACGUGAAGUGCGACAAUGAAGAAAUCCAGAAAAUCCUGAAAACCAGAGAGGUGUACGGGAAGGAGCCUUGGGAAUGCGAGGAAGAGGAACUCGCUGAGAUCCUGCAAGGAGAGCUGCCAGAUGCAGAGAAGUUCGAGAUCAAUAAGUUCCACUUCAGCGACUUGCCCCUCACGGAACUGGAGCUGGUGAAAUGCGGGAUACAGAUGUACUAUGAGCUCAAAGUGGUGGACAAAUUUCACAUUCCUCAGGAGGCCCUGGUGCGGUUCAUGUACUCGCUGAGCAAGGGCUACCGCAGGAUCACCUACCACAACUGGCGGCACGGCUUCAACGUGGGACAGACCAUGUUCUCCUUGCUGGUGACUGGAAAGCUGAAGCGAUACUUCACGGACCUGGAGGCCUUGGCCAUGGUCACCGCUGCCUUUUGCCAUGACAUUGACCACAGAGGCACCAACAACCUCUACCAGAUGAAAUCCCAGAACCCACUGGCCAAGCUCCAUGGGUCCUCCAUCUUGGAAAGACACCACUUGGAGUUCGGCAAAACAUUGCUGAGAGAUGAGAGCCUGAAUAUCUUCCAAAAUCUCAAUCGCAGACAGCAUGAGCAUGCAAUCCACAUGAUGGAUAUAGCAAUCAUUGCCACAGACCUCGCCCUGUAUUUCAAGAAGAGGACGAUGUUCCAAAAGAUCGUGGAUCAGUCUAAGACCUAUGAAACCCAACAGGAGUGGACGCAGUACAUGAUGCUGGAGCAGACACGAAAGGAAAUCGUUAUGGCCAUGAUGAUGACCGCCUGUGAUCUCUCGGCCAUCACCAAGCCCUGGGAGGUGCAGAGUAAGGUAGCUCUGCUGGUUGCCGCCGAAUUCUGGGAACAAGGUGACCUUGAGCGCAGUGUACUGCAACAGAACCCCAUCCCCAUGAUGGACAGAAACAAGGCGGAUGAACUCCCCAAGCUUCAGGUCGGCUUCAUUGACUUUGUUUGCACCUUUGUCUACAAGGAAUUCUCCCGCUUCCACGAGGAGAUCACUCCCAUGCUGGAUGGGAUCACCAACAACCGCAAGGAGUGGAAGACGCUCGCCGAUGAAUACGAUGCUAAGAUGAAGACCCUGGAGGAGGAGAAGCAAAAGCAAAAGGCAGCCAAGCAAGGAGCAGCAGGAAAUCAGCCGGGGGGCAGCUCCGGCCAAGCAGGGGGCGCCCCUGCAUCCAAGUCCUGUUGCAUCCAGUAAUGCUGACCAGCAUCCGCUGAACGGAAUGGCACCACCCUUCGUGGAAAGAGACUACCCAAGCCAGCAGAAAACCAAAAGCCUGCCUGAGAAGUAAAAGAGUAAUAGGAUUUGAAAGCUGAAAGAGAGUUUAGCUUACAUCCUAUCUAGUGGUGUUCAAACAUUUUUUGUUUUGAGUAUUUUACUGAGCUAAAACCAACAUUCUAGCUUGCAUAGAUAUCAAUUAAACAUUUCAUUAAGGCCAGAUUCACCUGCUUGCUUAGAAUCAUUUUUGUUCUUAUACUUUCAUUGUUUGUUUUCUUUUAACAAUUGUCAAGCAUCCUCAAAAGUAGAGAAUUGUACAACGAAUCCCUCCCUCCUUCCUCAUCACCCAGAUUCCAAUAUCAAGAUUUUGCCACAUUUGCUCAUCCAUCCUUUUACAUUUCUUUUGCAUUUUUUUCUCUUAGCUGAAGUAUUUUCUUUAUUAAAUUGAUGGUCUUUUUUCUUU